AUCCUAGCUCCACCUUCUAAUCAUCAUAAAAAUUGCAAGCCAGUCUCCUUUAGCUGCUCUCUUGAACCAUCUGGAACCUGCUUGAAAGGCCUGCCCUGCUUUCCCCAGAGUCCUCAAUUAAGAUCCAUAUUUUCCACCUCAAAAAAUGAGUGAAUAUGUAAUAGACCCUCAUUUUGUAGAUGGGUUAAUACAAGAUAAACCCUACAGACUGAGAAAUAUAAAUAGAAAGGGCAAAGCAGUGGCUUUUUCACCAAAAGAAUAUAAUUCACCAUCUUUCAGACCAGAAUAUAUAGAAUUCAAACCAAAAUUUCAGUUUCAGAAAGUCAACAAGAACGGUUUUGAUCCUUUUCUAAGGAAUAUAAACAAAAUGUCAGUCAGAAAAAGAAAAGAUCAAGAUAUGUACAAACGUAGAAACAUUUUAGGUGCAGAGGUUAUAGAGCACGAAGACCAGGAUCCUCCUUAUCCAGCACAAUCAAAAACUGCAGGACCUGCUAAUAAAACCUGGGCCCAUGACCCUAAUAUCUUCACAACAAAGACGUCAGAAACUGAGAAUAAGUUAGCCCCUGACCCUACUGUCAAUACGAUAAAGGGUUUAGAUACAAAGAAUAAUUUAAAAGAAAAUCUACCAAAUGUAUCUUUACCAAGUUUCAAAGGAGAAUCAUCAAGGGCUGGAAAUGUACAUGCAAAUACAUGUCACCUCUCGAAGUCUUUAAAUUUUACCCCACAGAUAGAAUAUUUAAAACAAUCAAUAAUACUCAAGUCAAUUUUAAGUAAAAAUCUGCAAGACCUUUCAGACAAAUUAUUUUCUAAACCAGAAGUUAGUAUGAACAGUGAAGCAAGAGAGAAAAGUAGUUCUCUACUUAUAAGCAUUCAUGAUAAAUCAUCAAGUAGUAUGGAAGACAACGUAUUGGGAAAAAAACAAGAUUUAGACAACUGGCUUUCAGAAAAAGACAUUUUAAAUUCAAAGACUACUUUAAGUCAAAUAAUUAAAAAUAUUCCUGUGGAUUUAUUUUCAGAAGGUAGUCAAAUAAUUGAAAAUAUUCCUGUAGAUUCACUUUCAGAAGGUGAUCAAGUAAUUAAAAAUAUUCCUGAAUAUUCACUUUCAGAACGGGGUCAGAUAAUUAAAAAUAUUCCUGCAGAUUCAUUUUCAGAAGGUGGACCAGGACAAUCUCCGGAGGUAGAAGAACAUGUCUCUAAAACACACUUCGAAGCAGAUGAGAGAGAUUUUCCAAUUAAAAAAAAGAGUAGUAUCAAAAAGAAACAUUUAAUAAGUGAAGUACCUAACUCCAAAUCAGGUUCAGGUGGCACUGUACAUGACUACAUUGUGAGGCAAAUAUUCGCUGCACCAAUAUUCUCAGAAUUGGAGAUAGAAGUGAAAGAGCCAAGUGAAACACCAAUGAACUUGGAAACUCAAUUACCUACAACUUGGAAGAGAAGUUUGUCAUCACUACUUAAUGAAGUUCUACUUCAUGAAGAUAAUGCUGAUAAAAUAGAAUUGCCACAGCCCAGAUCUGCUAUAAGCCAGAUAAUGCAAGCAUUUCCUAUAGAUACACUUUUAGAAUCUGGGAUAAUCAAAGUGAUAGAAUUAGAUAAAGAACGCCAUAAGAGUUCUUUGCUGGGUACAGGGAUCACUUCUCCUAAAGGAAAGCUGAAGGAUUCCCAAGAGUAUUAUUCAGAAAUCAGAAGCAAGACAGAACCUCUUUCUGAGCAGAAUAUACCCAUCAUUCCCAAAGACACUACUUCUGUUAGUAGAGUUGAAUUCAUACAGGAAGACCAAAAUAUGUUCCCACAAGAUUCAAGUUAUUAUUCAAUAGCAAAUAAAGAACUGGAUUUGCCAAGAAAUGGUCAGAGGCUUGGUAAAGAUGAAAAUGACCUCAGUUCUACUUUAGAAAGUUUAACUAACUCAUUAAUGGAUAAACUUAAUGAAUCAGAUGAAAUAAUGUUAAAAUCCUUUUUAAAAAACAUCCUCAAUGUUUUUUUCAAAUAUAAUCAAUCUGAAAGAAGAGGACAACCAGAAAGAGAAUUAGAAAGACUAAUUCAACCUUCUUUUACAAGUGACACAGAACACCUUAAAGAAAUCCAAGAGAAUUUUGAUAAAGUAGACAAAUUAGACAGAAAACAUAUUUUGAGUCCAAAGUUGCGUGUGUUUCUAGAAGAACUCUCAGAGUCAGAAGUAAAAAAUUUAAAAUCUGAAUUAAGUAAACAAAUCCAGCAUUACCUUGUAGAAAGACUUUCAGAAUCAGGACAUAUCACCAAGGAGGACUUACCAAAAAUCUACCGAAAUCUGUAUCUGAUGAAUGAGAAGGCAGAGCAGAAAGGGCCAAACAGUUUUCAGGGGAAAUAUUCCGAAACUGUGAAAGAAAUCAUGUCUUUUGUCAAAAAUUUCAAUCAUCAUUUCAUAGAUAAACAUUUAGAAAUAAAGCUAAGGUCUUUUUUAAAUGAGAUUCUCCAAAACUAUUUCCUAAAAAACAUUUCAGAAAGCAGUUUAUUUAAUGAGACAGAAUCUGAGACUAUAUACCCAAAUAUGUCUUCUCUAAGGACUAAAAGUGUCUCACUUUCUUUUCACGAACUGCAAGAAGAUAUUUCAAAGGGGAGUUUUGGGAGAAGGUUUGAAAUAAACAUGAAAUAUCCUUUAAGUAAAUCUCUACAAAACUAUCUGAUAGCUUUAUCAGAAAAUGAAUUAUUACAUCUAAAAGCUGAUUUAAGCAAACACCUCCAGGGUCUUUUUAUAGAAAAACUUUCAAAAUCAGGACUAGUGACAAAAAGGCAAUUAGAAGGGAUCAACCAGCAUAUAAAUUUGCUUAAUUCUAGUUCUAUACCAUUAAAAUAUAUGAAGACACAUUUACCUUUUAGAGAUGACCAUCACUUUGUGGAGAAGCAUUCAGAAAAGCAAAAUAAAUAUUCAAGAAUUGUUCAACAAACCACUUUACAAACGGUUUCUGAGGAUAAACUUAGAGAAACAGAAUUGAUUCGAGAGAAAGAAAAGAAAUAUUUUCCCUUACAGAAUUUAAAAGAAAAUUCAUCUUUAAUUAGGGAACAGAAAAGUUAUUACACUAAAGAAGAAGCUAAAACACCAAGUUUAAUCAAAGUACAACCUUCUUCCAAUAAAAAUAUCCAGGCAAAUCCAUUAAAUAAUUCAUCAGAAACACUUACAGAUACACUACUUAAGAAACUAAGGAAAGAACAUGUAUUUAUGCAGCUUCCUCAAGCAAAAAAUUCUGUUCAUAAAACAGAGAUUCAAGACCCAUAUAGUUGGGGUGGUAAAUCAAAAAUAACUCAAUCAAAAGCUUGGUGUGACAGGACACAGAAAAUGAAGUCCCUUGAUAGAAAGGAGCAUGUAAACAUCUAUAAAUGGACUGUUCAGGAAAAACCUGAAGCAGUAUUAACAUCAUAUCCAAGAAUUCCUAAUGCCAGAAUGCCAAGGGAAGAUGAGUACGUAAACAGACCUACUUUUCCUUCCUGGCAAACUAGCACUUUAAUUCGUUUCAAUACAGAGACUGAGGAAAAAUCAAAAUUAGAAGACCAGUAUUGUCAAAGACUGAAAGGAAAUAAUAACAAUAAUAAAAAGCAUUUAGUAACAUUUGCACAAUACAAAACAGAAAUACAAACUUUUUAUAUAAAACCAGAUGAAAUUUGCAGUGAAAAAUGUGCCAAGUUCCCUGAAAUACAGUCAUUCCAAUAUAAAGAUGUAGAAAAUGAGAAAAACUCGAAACCAUCCGUCUUCCCAGAAUUAUUUAAGAGAGAAGAUCUAAAACCCAAGGUCCGAAAAGAAAAAGACCGUGUCGCCAAACCAAAAAAGUCAUUUAAUAAGAUAGUCAGGAUACUACCAACCACACUGCCCACCACAAGAAUUCACCUAAAGAAGUCUGUUCCAAGGACACUGCUUCACUGGACUGCAAGAACUACUAUACAUGAUUGUUCAGAUAGAUUUGAGGAUUUACAUGACAUGACCUCAUUUAUACACUUUAAAAAAGUAAAAUCAAGAUCAAGGCUUUUAGGAAAAAGCUCAGAUGAUAUCUAUAAUCAUGCCAGACACUCUGCAAGACCAUAUACUGCUCCGGAGGUUAACAAGCAACGAGAGAGCUGCAGUAGAAAGUUUACAAGUCGUCGAAUGGUUUCAUCAGGCUUAGUUCAUGUAAAUGAUAAAACAUCAUAUUGUGAAAUGCAAAAAAUGCGGCCAAAAAAAAUUAAAAGAGGAUAUUGAAA